AGUUUGAUAGAGUAUAGUGUUUGUUGUCCAGUAGUUAAAGUGGUUUGUUGAAAGUGAUGGAUAUUGAGGAAAAUAAAGAAUAUCGUUCCGAACUUAUUAAAUUAGUUCACAAAAAUGAAAUUAUAUGGGAUAAGACGAAAAAAGUUCGCCUCAGCUAUGCGAAGAAAACGGCAAUCUGGAACUCAAUAGGAAAAGAGUUGGGCAAACCGGGAGAACUAGUUCGUAAAAAUUGGCAGUCCUUGCGUGAUCAAUACCGUAGAGAUCUGAAGAGGCAAGUGGUCGACGGGAUUGAAUCAUCAUGGGUGCAUUUCGACGAUAUGUCUUUCAUUCGCAAAUUUUUGCGUCCUCGGCAAUUCAAAGCAUGUCCCGAUUCAGAAGAAACGGAAAUUGUAAGAAGAGAAUGUCAUGAAAAAAAUAUGAAAACAAGGGGAUCACAUUCGAAGGUCUUUCGUACAUCAGGCAAUUUUAUGACCCAGAUCUUUCCCACAGCACACGAUCAUUCAAAUGCAGCUUACAAGGAACAUCAGGAAAGUGGUGAUUCACCUCCACUAGCAAAUUCGGCAAUCCAUCUUCAUAGGCCAAUUAAAAUGAAUAUACACAAUGAGUCGGUUGAAACAAUAAAAUACAAUGCUUCUAUGGGGCCACCGCAUGAAACUGCAAAUGAACUCUUAGUACCAAGGGCACAAAUUCCGAAAAUUCAAAUCAAGAAUUUAUCUGCAAGAACCGAUAUCAAAAUGCGUAGGAAAAAGUGUGCAGUGAAGAAAAGCAGGGAAGCUCAAUACUCAACACGAUCUAGAAGCAAUUCCAAUAUAAUAGAAGCAUGUAAUGAGCCUCUUACCACAAAAAAAUCUAAUACUCGUAUAAGGGAAAAUGUGAGUUGUAUAAAUAACGUUCGCUUCGAACAGACUCAUUCACAAUUGGAAAAUGGAGCAGAAUCCACACCUGGCAAUCAAUCACAACGAAUCCCGCCUGUUAUUAAUGUUAGCAAAACUUCGACAAACAUUGAAAUACCGGAAAUAGAAAUUAAAGACGAAGUCAUAAUAUUAGCAGAUGAAGACGACAAAGUUGCGGACACGGCUGCUACUUCGGAGAACUCCACAAAUAUAAUGGAACCCGAAUUUUCUAUAAAUAAAAAAAAUCCGAUAGAACUUACUAGGAAUACAAGUAUUUACAACACAAGUAAAAGUAAAGAGGUAGGAAAGGAAACCACUGGUAAAGAGGAUGACGAUUAUCAUUUCGUGAUUAGUCUGUUGCCAACAUUGCGACGGAUUACUCAUGAUCGCAAACUAAGAACGCGGAUGGAAAUAAUGAAAGUUGUAAUGGAGGCGGCACAAAGCGAUAACACAUGAACAAGAUGUAUUAUGCCAUAUAUUAUAUAUACUAUGUAUACCCUACCCCUAGAGAGAUGAUCAAUUAAAAAUAGAUGACUUUAAGUUGUGACAAACGUAGAAACAUAAUUAAUAUCAAUCGAGACUUUUCCUACUAUCUUUUAAACUUAAGGCAGUCAAGCAUAAUUUGAACUCGUCAAAGUGCAGAAAAUGUAACUGAAUUUUUAUUCUUAAAAAAUUGAUUAGAGAUAACUGCCCUUGGUUUAAAAAUGUUUUACAGAUAAUUGACUUAUCUUUUGCAUGGUAAGGAAACUCGCAGCAUUAUGGAUCAGCUCAAAUAUUAGGUUGUCAAAAAAGUCUUGCGGUAUUUUCGCUAGUUGGCGCUGAAAGCGCGUAGUUCUAGUUUUAUUCACGCGCUAACACGUGUUUGAUUGAUUGUCGUUUCUUUUAAGUCGUUCGUGAGUUAUUGCGUUGCAAACAUGGAGCAAAAUAAAGAGAAAAUACGGCAUAUUUUACAAUAAUACUACGAUAAAGGCAAAAAUGCAUCUCAAGCCGCCAAUAAAAUUUGUGCAGUUUAUGGACCCGAUACAGUUUCCAUUUCCACCGCACAACGAUGGUUUCAACGUUUUCGUUCUGGUGUAGAGGUGGUCGAAGAUGCGCCACGCUCCAGAAGGCCUGUCGUCGAAAAUUGCGAUAAAAUCGCUGAAUUGGUCGAAAGAGACCGGCAUAGUAGCAGCCUAGCAUCGGUCAAGAGCUGGGCAUGAGUUAUGAAAAAUUCAUUUCAAUUUCAAUAAAAAAAAAAAAAAAAAUACCGCAAGACUUUUUUGACAACCCAUUAUAUCGAAAUAAUUAUUAAAUUUUAAUUAGGUAAUGCUUUUGUUGUUUUUUAUGAAGAAACCUAUAGACCUUUUUAAGAAAUUAUUUUAACUUUAUCGCAUGCGAUGAAACAUGUCAUAUUU